AUGAAAGAUUGCAGGAAGAGAGGAAAUGCUGUUACAUAUGUACAAUACAAUACAAAUAUCAAGUCCAUCUACGUAGGGCUGCAUAGCGAGCCUCGGCCUCAAGGAUCUGGGCGGGAGCUAGCAUUAGUGUGGUUUGCCACUCUCCACCUCCCAUCUUGCGCAACCGCCCAGAUUGGUUCAACUACCACAUCUGCUACCCAAUCAUUGAACAUCAGCACAGCCUUUCGGAAGCUCAAGAACAUGCUAUAA